AUGCUGAAUAAUUCAAACUUGAAAAUUUCUGAAAUGAACUUUAAUUAUUCGUUAAAAGAGCCGCCUUAUUACUACGACCCAGAUGACGAUAAUGUCGAAACGUCCAAUGUUUUCAAUCAAAAUUCAAACAAAUUAUACUACAAUCAUGAUCGCAACAUGAAUCAUAACACAUCACUAAUGUACACUUUGGCGUCAUCAAGUCAGUCGAAUUCCAGUCUUUUUUCCUAUCCAUAUUUUGUUGAAGAGGAUGUAGCUCACAAAGAUAGUAUUUCUACGCUGAAUUCUAAUAAGUCAAUCAAUUUUGAAUUUGAACAAAUUGGAAUGCCAGAGCCGUGGCAUAACCGGGAAGUAAAAAAUAAUUAUAAUCGCCGAUCAACGACUCCGUUUAGUCGUAACUCGCAAGAAAUUAUGAAAGUUGAUAAAGAAAAUGACAAUCUUAAUAAACUUGUUUCUAAGGUCAAGUCAAAAAAAGGAUUUUUUUCAAACAAAACAAUGAAAAAAAUUGGUUACAAAUUAUCUUCUGUUUCUCCAAAUAAGGGUCAACAUAAAUCUGUUUUCAGUUUUCCUAAAAAGAUAGUACACAAACCAAACAACAAGCAAAAUGUUAAGGCAAAUACAAAUUGUCACAAAAUUAACCCUCCUUCUAUUAAAAGCUCUUGCAACAGAGGUGUUCCUCAAAAAAAUAUUUUAAAACCAAGAAAUAAAGUGAAUGACGGUAAUGAACAAUACGUGUCAUCAAUACAGUGUUCAAAUAAAUAUAACAAUCAUGACGCUGUAAACUACAGCAAUCAUUGCAUAAAAUCCAAUAAUUACAUCUUUCCAAAUAAAGGUUCUGCGACAAAAAACGUUCCAAAAAAAAAUGCAGAACCACUUAAGGCGAUGUCUCAGGUUCAUGAUGAAACGCUUUCAGAUCAUGAUUUAACAAAGAGCACUUCAUUUACAAUAGCUAAAGUAACGUUAAGAGAGAAUGACAAAGGUGUAUUUGUUCCAUUUUCUUGGUUGGAAAAAGUGAAUGCUGACGAGAUAAAAUUACAAAUCAUUCGAAAAGAAUUGACAAAAAUUCCAAGGCUAGUGCAGCCAAGUACGACUUUUUACAGAGCUCGACAUUCUACAUUAAUAUGCAAAGUUGCCAGGCCUCGUCGUCCCAAAGUGAACAUGAAUUUUUCGAUAUUGCGCUCAACAAUUAAAAAACCUUAA